GAGCAGGGGGCAGCGAUGCCGGGCGACACGUGAGGAGCGGACAAGGAGACACACUUGUACACACUUGUACACACUUGCCCUCCGCCCCCGCGCUCGCCACUCUCAGAUGAAGCAGCGGCGCCGCACUUCCCUGGUUUUGCUUCGGGGUUCGCUGUGUGGACAGAUGCAUACAAAUGCAUUUAGGAACCCAGAGGCUAAAGGAUAGAUGGAUCUGGCCCCCCGCCGGAAGGAAACUCCUCCUCUUCCUGGUCACAAUAUGCAUGGUUCUGGGAGUUGUACCUGCCCACUCACGAGGUGUAGACGUUCUGCAGAAUCUUGGCCUGACAGACCCCAGAGCGUUGCUGACAUCUUCUCCAGGAGCAUGGACAGGGGUCUCUUUACCUCGGGGGGUCAGCGUGGCAGAGACUGGCAUUACCCUGUCCGGCGCCGGGCUCGUUGAGGCACCGAUGGAGGUGGCCAUGCCAGGGAUGGCAGGAGGUGACCUGUCCAUCGUGGUCAGUCUCCGCUCACACCAGCCCAACAACGCCUUCCUGUUCACCAUCAAAAACAGAAACAGACUGCAGUUUGGAGUCCAGUUGCUGCCCAGGAAACUGGUUGUGUACGUGGAGGAGAAGCCCUCUGUGUAUUUUGAGUUCAGUGCCCACGAUGGCCGUUGGCACACGUUUGCCAUUGGAAUCAGCGGGAACGUGGCCUCCCUCUACUCAUCGUGCGGUGCCAACUCCUCGCGCAAGUCUCUCCCCGCUCGCCUCCCGGCCUUCCCUCCCGGCAGCCGGCUAACUCUGGGGAGGAUGAGCUUGAAGUCGGCGUCUUUCCAAGGCACCAUUUGCCAGCUGGACGUCUACCCCGACGCUGAAGCCUCCUCCAGCUACUGUGACCGCGUGAAGAAUCGUUGCCGGCGCGCCGACACGUACCGAUCGCUCCCCACCGCGGCCACUCGCCAGGCGUCACCGAGCUCCUGGACAACGGCGAGGGGAGAGACGGUAACAGCGCCGGCGCUGGUCAGUCCCCGGGAUAUGGCGCACGGGAACACGUAUGUAACUGCGGACACGUGGACAGUGUCCACCCUGUCACCGUUGACCUCAGCUAGCCGACCGGCCACGCACUCUGGUGAUGCGGUGAGACUCCACCAGGAAGGGCAUGGCCAGGUUGACCCUGGCAUUGUCCCCACCGCCAGCCUCCCGGCCAUCGGCAAGUCCCAAUCGCCGGCCAGUGGUGCCGAAACUCACGGCAAAACCACGUCCAAUGCUCAUGAGCUGCUACGUUCUAGCCAAGAAUCGGAGAGACAGGGGGAAGCUAAACUCUCCCAGGCCGUAGGCCACAUCUCACAGCAAAUACACACGAUCAACGCCACAUUGUACCGGGCAGUGGAGGAGAUGUCUACACAAGACCUGGACCAGGAGUGGGGUCAAGAGGCUCGUUCUGCCCUGGCUCUAGACUCAGCUGAAGCCAUGGAUGACAUUGAGAUUGAAAACUACCACUAUGAUUACGAGGACUUCCUGGAUUAUUUCGACCACGAUCAGCUUGGGCCCAAGGGAGAGCCAGGACCACCCGGUCUUCCAGGAAUGCCUGGUCCUCCAGGGUCACCGGGGAGACGGGGGCCGCGGGGGAUUCCAGGAGCACAUGGCAAUCCAGGCCUGCCCGGUCCACCAGGCCCCAAGGGUCACAAAGGAGAGCCGGGCUUGUUCCCCACGAAAGCAUCGCGUGGAGAGCAGGGCGAUGUGGGCCCUGUGGGUCUGGCUGGAUUACCUGGACCCCCAGGCAAAAAGGGUUCCAAAGGAUACCAAGGCUUGCCCGGACCUCCAGGGCAACAGGGUCCAGCGGGAUUGGAUGGCAACCCUGGAGAGCGAGGCUAUCCUGGAAGGCAGGGCUUGGUUGGUCCAGAGGGCAUUCCAGGGCCAAAGGGCAUAGGGGUGAGUGAUGUCUCAAAGCGGCAGCUGACUGGAAAACUGGUUCUUCCCGGCUGUUAUCAGGCAACUGAACCGACCUCUCACCAAUUAGAGAGCGGUCCUGAGUUCCCAGGCUGUGUGCUGAGCCCUCUGCUGUAUUCUCUCUACACCCACGACUGCAAGGCCAUCUCAGACUCUAACAUCAUAGUCAAGUUUGCCGAUGACACAGCAGUGGUAGGCCUAAUCUCAAACAAUGAUGAGGCAGCCUACCGCUCUGAAACCAUCCGCCUGGCAAACUGGUGUAGGGAGAAUAACCUGGAGCUGAACACCUCCAAGACCAAGGAGCUCAUAGACCUGACAUGGUCACACCACCUCAGCAGCCUGGUAAAGAAGGCCAACCAGCGUCUUUACCAUCUCAGACGGCUGAGGGACUUCAAGCUCCCCCUCAGGGUGCUCAAGAACUUCUACACCCAUACUGUGGAGAGCAUCCUGAGUGGGAGCAUCAUCACCUGGAGGGGGAGCACCACCGAGAGGGACCAACUGGCUCUGAGGAGGGUGCUUCGCUCAGCUGAGUGGACCAUCCAAACCACCCCUCCCAACCUGCAGGACAUCUACACCAAGCGCUGCAGUCCAAGAACCAGGACCACACUCACCCCAACAACAGACUGUUUUCCCUGCUGCCCUCAGGGAAACGGAAACAUUAUUGCCAUAGAGGGAGUGCAUGACGGUCCCCAACUGAUUCCUGGGAUCAGUGACCUUGGUGACCUCUUCACUAACGUAUUUAUUCACCUCACCAGGGAUAUCCGGGUUCAGGUGGAGCUCGAGGACCUCCUGGUGCUGACGGCAUUCCGGGCAAAGUUGGCGGUGUUGGACAACUUGGAUUCCCCGGCCUCCGGGUAUGUAGAGUUCAGAGUUCACACGGUCGGUGCAGUGGGCCUGCCGGGAUUAGCGGGCCUCCCAGGAAUACCAGGACCUCAGGGUCUGGUAGGCAACGUGGGCCAGCCUGGAUUGAAAGGUGAUAAGGGCACCGUUGGCCUGGCGGGACCACCUGGGGCGAGAGGGAAGCCAGGACCACAGGGUAAAAUGGGUGAUACUGGACCACAGGGUUUGCCAGGACUGCCAGGACCAGAGGGUUUCCCAGGAGAUAUCGGGAUGCCGGGCCCGAAUGGAGGUGAAGGUUCAAAGGGCGAGGCUGCAGAGAGAGGCCCAGCAGGACCACUUGGAUCAAAGGGCCUGGAGGGAACUGAAGGACCACUUGGGCCAGCGGGGAACCUGGGGCCUGUUGGCAGGCCAGGUCGGAAAGGCUACGCCGGAGAGGACGGGGUUGAAGGCAUUAAGGGCGAGCAGGGAGACGUGGGCAACAUUGGGAAGAUCGGAGAGCUGGGCCCCGAAGGGCUGCCGGGACAGAAGGGACCUCCUGGCAUUCUCGGAGAAAAGGGAGAUCGAGGAGAUCCUGGACCUUUGGGGCUACCUGGCGAGAAGGGAUCCGUGGGUUACAUGGGAUCACCAGGAACCUCCGGUACAUUCGGCCCAGAGGGUCAGCCCGGUGCUCCUGGACAAAGAGGGCCUCCUGGGCUACAGGGUGUGAAAGGGAGAAUGGGACCAAGAGGAAUGGACGCACUCCCCGGGGAACAAGGACCUCCAGGUAAAAAGGGGGAGAGAGGUGAAGCUGGAGCUCGUGGAGACACAGGACUGAUUGGAAAGGCCGGGAAUCCAGGGCCGCAGGGAGCGCCAGGUCCAGCAGGAUCGAGUGGACCUCCUGGCAACAGCGGGGAUAUGGGACCGUACGGCAUACCAGGGUUCCGGGGCCCGAAUGGUGAAGUGGGCUCAGCUGGGGGCAUUGGUGCCGAGGUAAACCGCUCUGUAUUUUCAUUCAGUUAUUCAAUGAAACGUUAUUGUUCCAAGUACCUGGGUACAAUGAAAUGCUUUGUUCUGUAUACAACUGGUAACAUCAUGUGUGGACAGAGUGGCAUCACGCUCCUGGCUGAGUCUUGGAAGGUGGUGGGCAGGCUUCAGGGAGCUGGACGGAGUUCUCUGAUGUUACAUUAUGGAAUGACAUUGCACUAUGAGGAGAUUGGUUUGUUGAUUACACAGGGACUUCCUGGGUCAGAGGGAGACGCAGGUCACCAAGGGGAGCCCGGAUCAAAGGGUGAAAUUGGUCCCCAUGGCAAUGAGGGUGAAUCGGGGCAAGCUGGAGCGAGGGGUGAGCCAGGACCCGCCGGAGAGGAUGGACCUCAAGGGAAAGACGGAGUCAAGGGCGAUCUCGGCAAUGAGGGCCCUGGAGGCGAGGGGGGAGAUCGAGGUGAUGGCGGUGUGCGGGGCAAUGCCGGAAGUCCCGGCACUCCUGGAAUCAACGGCUUGCUGGGGCCUGAGGGGACGCAAGGGAAACGUGGACAACAAGGUCGGGCGGGAAGAAAGGGAAAGAAGGGCCCGCAGGGGUCUGCAGGGGAGCAGGGCGAGCGCGGAGAGCGAGGGAGACCAGGCGACCAGGGGCCGAAGGGAGUGCGCGGGACGCGGGGAGCCACGGGACCUCGUGGAAUGAUGGGUCCAACGGGAGAAUCGGGACUCGUGGGAUAUCAUGGCCACACUGGACCGGCGGGUGCUCAGGGCCCACCUGGACCCAAGGGCGAGAAGGGCUAUCCCGGAGAGGACAAUCAUCUCCCUGGACUACCUGGGCAUCGAGGUGAACCAGGUCCCGCCGGUCCACGCGGAGAGCGCGGUGAACCAGGGGCCCACGGCUACCAGGGUCACGCUGGUGUACAUGGACCAAGGGGCAAUGUGGGCCAACAAGGCCAGCCGGGCGCUCCUGGCCAAAGUGGCACAGCAGGCAUGAAAGGCGAGAGAGGAUGGAAGGGUUUGAUGGGGAAAAAGGGAGCUCGUGGUGAAGCGGGAUCUGCCAGUUUACCGGGAAUGACAGGUCCACCCGGUGCCAAAGGAGCGGUGGGAUACCCUGGACCAGGAGGGAAUCCUGGGAGAGUUGGAAAACCGGGAAUUCCUGGAAUCCGUGGGCCAUCUGGGGACCUAGGUGAUGUUGGAGUGACGGGCGUGGAUGGAAGUCCUGGAGCGCAGGGAGCUCGUGGCGAACCCGGAGCGGUGGGAAACGGAGGCCAACGUGGACCAAAGGGGGAUGGAGGUUUGCAGGGCCAGCCAGGUUUCCAGGGGACGGGCCGGGGCCUGGCGGGAGUGCCGGGGGACCAAGGGGCCAUGGGGGAGCCCGGUCCCAAAGGCCGAAGUGUAAGUGUUGGAGACUGCCCCCACUGUUCCCCCCCCUCCGCUUUGAGAGGGGGUCACGGCCGAAGCCUCGCAUGUGCGCACGUGCGUGUGUCUCUGCGGCUGCCGAGGAAUUGUGUCCCCCGCCUGUUUUGA